AGGAAACAUGGCUGGAAUCGGAUUCCUCCUGGCCCUGAGCUGUGCCGUGGCCGCGUGUCUGUGUACCGCCGCGCCGUCCCGUAUCCACGUCCACCCAGACAAUCACUGGUUCCUGGACGCCUCCGGCCGCGUGCGCAUCUUUCACGGCAUAAACGCCAUCGAGAAAGGGUUUCCAUGGUAUCCGGCCCAGAUGCUGAACCAGUCCCGACUGGACGAGCUGCAGAGUUGGGGGUUCAACGCCCUCCGACUGGGGAUGAUGUGGGCUGGGGCAGAACCACAUGAGGGCAGGUACAACCAGACGUACAUGAACGUCAUUCAGAACAUCACGUCCGAGCUGGGAAGGCGCGGCAUCUACACCAUACUGGACAUGCAUCAGGAUGGGCUGGACUCUUUUUACGACGGCGUUCCUCCGUGGCUCGUCGCGAGCUUCCCGCCGCCGGACCACCCCUACCCCUGGCCGCUGAAGAACAUCACAUCCUGGUCCCAGAACUACUUCACGCAGAGAUGCAGUCACAACUUCCAGUGUCUCUACGACAACUACAAGGGCGCCGCAGACAAGAUGGCGGGCUUCUGGAAAUUUGUAGCGGCCGAGUUUUCAAAUCAAACGUCAGUGAUGGGUUACGAGCUGAUAAACGAGCCCUGGGUCGGCGAUUGGACGAAGGACCCGGAACUGUUCCUCCCGGGGCAUGCUGGGAAGAAGAACCUUGCUCCUCUGUACGACCGUAUAAACCGAGCCGUCCGAGUGGCGGACGACGAAACGCUGAUUUUCUACGAGCCGGUCACAUGGGGCUACAUCUUCUCAGAAGAUGGCGUACUGGGGUCGGGAUUCGAGCAUGUACCAGGAGGGGUGGCAUACAGAAACCGUAGCGUCUUGUCCUACCACUACUACUGUUGGGUGUUCCAGUUGGGACAGCAGCAGUACCCUGAGUAUAAGAGAGUCCUCUGUGAUGAGAUACUUGGACCCAAGAUGUUCUCAGCUGUACAGGAGGACUUGAAGACUCUCGGUGGAGGAUCCUUCCUCACGGAGUUUGGACUUUGCUGGCCAAACGCGAGCGAUCCGACUUACCCGGACACAAUAGAGUGCGGGUUCGUCUUAAAGAAAGCGGACAGUUCCUUACAGUCAUGGACCUACUGGGACGCUACCCCCGGCCCUCAGGUAUUUUGGGACCCCACUGGACGCGCUAUCCCUGAACGUGUCAGCCUAUUUGCCCGAACAUACGCACGUGCAGUGGCGGGGGUUCCCACGGAGAUGACCUUCGACAUCGACACCAGCCGUUUCCAACUGACCUUCACCUCCGACCCCUCCAUCAAGGCCCCCACUGAGAUUUUUGUACCCAGGAUGCAUUACGAGGCAGGGUACACCGUGCUGAGCUCCGCGGAGCUGGAGUGUGAGGUGGAUGAGAAGGACCACAGCCUCCUCUACAUCAGGCACAAACAGACCAAUCAGGUGACAGCUUUCCUGACAGAUGAAUCUUCCGUUACCGUCGUGCCUUCUUCUGACGCGAACGUCAUUGACAGCAUCUCGGGAAACAUCUGUCUCAAGGUCAACUGGUAGAUAUGACCUUCAACAAAAAUAGCUGUAUUCUUCUGACUCGAACAUCAUUGACAGCGUCUCAGGAAAUGCCUGCCUCAAGGUCAACCAGGAGCAUUUUGGUCCUUGAAUAUGCAAAUAUAUAUAUAUAUAUAUGGAAUUUUAACCUCCAUACUGCCUCAUCUCCUAAGUCAUAUGAUUCGGUGCUAUGUACAAUUGGAAGAAUCAGGGACAAAGAUGUUUGUGAUGUGGACUAAUUCUGUCACUUCAGUCUGGCAUAAAAGGUGAAAUUAGAAGAUGAAAUAAUCUUUUAUAAAGAUGCCAGUAAGUUGGAAGUAUUUGUCUAAUGACAACCAUGGUUCUGCGCUGAUAAGGGCCAUCCAGGUAAAAAGAUAUGCCAAAUAAACAGCAGUUAUUCGAGAAACUGGAUGUGAAUUUGGAAAUGGUCAGUCGGUGUAGGCGAAAUUGUCAUCCACCACCGUCAGUCUGGUCAUUUCCAAAAUCAUAUCCAGUUGCUUGAGUAACUUCUAAUUGGCAUAACCAUAGAUAGCUAUAAUUUGUGACAUGCUACAUUUUUUAUUGAGUAUUGUUUUUUCCAGUGUUGUUUGACUGUAUAUAUAGUUCAUCAACCAAGAUGUACAAUUUUGACAACAUAAUUCAGAAUUAUGUGAGUAUUGAGAAGAAAGGCUGUAAAUUUUAUGAUAUAUUUAUUGAUAUUUUAUAAAUGCAGAGACUGAGAAAUAGAAUCUAAAAUAUUUUUUUAAUCUUCAGGUUAAUGAAUGUUACGACUGCAGUAAGAAUGAUUUGGGAACUUUGAAUGAUAAAGACCUACAUGUAAAUCACCCUUGCUGUCCUUGGUACUGAAGGACAAGUACAUGUACAAAGUUCUUUGUAGACAACCAAAUACUAGUGUUUCAGUGACUGUCACCUUCCCCGAGGUAGUUGUGAAAGGGUGUAUUGCGCACUAGGGCUAGGUGUUGCUGUUGUGUAUACAAAGAACUUUGUUAUCCAGAGUCCUCCAUUUAAUAUAUCAUGGUCUCUUGCAGAUUACUGUACAGAUUUAUACAUUGUUGAAAAAUUAAAGUUCUUAGUUGAAUA